GUAAAAAUUUAAAUUCACGUUCUUGUUCAUUUUAAUAUACAACAACUCCAAAAAGUGUUUUCUACCUAAGAUUAAUAUCUCCGUUGAAUACAAGAAAUACUCCAAAAUACAAUGCAAAGUUGUCGUGAAUGCAAAGGGUCUACUUGUUUAAUACGUUCGAACGGAAAACAUAGUAUACUACUAGACAGCACUCACGACGGUAAGGAAAUUUUGUGCAAACCAUUUCUGCCACCAUUUCAUAUUAUUCGAUGUGAUGAGGACGUGGAAAAAAUUAAAACAAAGACGUAUGGAACGAGAAUCUCGACAUUUCUUGAUUCGUUGUUAAAUCCCCCAACCGAAGAAAUACAUUUACAAGCAAGUCCAUUGAACCCUUUGGAAGAGAUUGAACCAUUUGUGUUAUGGACGCCCCCGCAAGACGUUUCCAGCAUUCCUACCGAGAUGAGAGGAUUAUAUAAAGGGUGUAUCAUAGUGGAUCCUAUAUUGACAAAACAUUUACGAGCUCAUCAACGUAUCGGAGUACAAUUUCUUUUUAACUGUCUGAUGGGAUUAACCACUGUUCCUUCCCAUCUAUGCGCAAGUCUUAUAGAAACACCACUUAGUGGUUGCAUUCUUGCAGACGAUAUGGGGCUUGGAAAAACCUUACAGUGUAUAACGAUUUUGUAUACUCUUUUACAUCAAGGCUUUGAUAGUACUCCCGCAGUUAGAAAAUCAUUGAUUGUCACGCCUGCUUCUUUAGUUCGAAACUGGGCAUCGGAAUUAGAUAAAUGGCUUGGCGACAAGUGUAAAUAUACUGUUAUAACAAGUAGUUCAAAAGAUCAUGUCGUCUCAACGUAUAAAUGUUUUCAGUAUGAUUAUCAAGUAAUCGCAUUUUUUUUUACUUUUGCUAACAUCAAUAAAAAAUCAUUCCAGUCACGAAUUCUUAUUACUUCUUAUGAGUCACUGCGUCUUUAUUCGGAGCAUCUUCAUGGGUGCCAUGUUGAUAUGGUUAUUUGUGAUGAAGCGCAUCGGUUGAAAAAUGAAAAAACCAAAAUCGUUGCAACCAUCGCUUCAUUAAAAGCAUCUAAGAAAUUGCUUUUAUCGGGAACACCUGUCCAGAAUUCUUUAGACGAAUUAUUCACCUUAUCUUCUUUAUGCAUUUCGGAAUCUAUAAUAGGAAAUGCUUCAUUUUUUCGAAGAAAGUAUACAAUUCCAAUUCUUUCUGGUCAACAAAUGGACGCAACGGAAAAUGCUAAAAAAGAAAGCCAAAAAAAAUUUGAAGAACUUUCCUACUUUACAAGCAUUUAUAUAUUAAGACGAACCAAUAAUCUUCUUCAGGAACAUCUUCCCAGCAAAACUAUCUAUGCCAUAUUUUGUCGAAUGUCAGAAAAUCAAAAAAAUCUUUACACUCAAACUUGUAAUAUCGUUAGAAAAACUACAAACCUAUCCUUAAAUGAAAAAAAUUGGAGUCCUCGAGUUCUGGCGGCCAUUCAAAACCUUAUGAAAAUUUGUAACCACCCAGCUCUCAUUGAGAAAAAAAAUGAAUCGUCAAGAAUUUCCACGAAGAAUUUAAGACGGACAAACAAUUCAUUUGAUGUUCACAAAUCAGGAAAACUUUUUUUUUUGUUAAAUCUUUUAAUCAAUAUACGGUGCACUACCUGGGUCAACAGCCAAGAGGGUGAUAGAGUUGUCAUUAUAUCGAAUUUUACUCAAACACUGGAUUUAAUAGAGACCUUACUUGAAAAUUUACAACUGUCUUUUUUAAGACUUGAUGGAACUACGAGUAUUAAACAUCGCCAUGACUCGGUGACUAAAUUUAACCAACCCUCCAAUAACUACUUUGCUUUCCUCCUUUCAAGCAAAGCAGGUGGAUGUGGAAUUAAUUUAAUUGGUGCAAACAGAUUAAUUUUGUUUGACCCUGACUGGAAUCCUGCCCAAGAUAAACAAGUCAAAAUUAGGCUUUUUGCAAUAAUUUCUUUCGAUUCCUUGGUUCAGGCUUUGGCAAGAAUUUGGAGGGAAGGACAAAAGAAACAGUGCUAUGUCUAUCGUUUGUUUGCAACUGGAACUAUAGAGGAAAGAAUUCUUGAGCGACAAGUUACCAAAGAUAACCUUGCUGACGUGGUUGCUAUAUCUGAAGGAGAAUCACUUGUUACGUGUAACAAUUCUUGCACUGAAAGGCCAGAUGCCGCUCAGAAUCUUUUUGUUUAUGAUUCGCAUACAACUUCGAUUAUUCACGCUAAAUUUUGCAUGAAGGAAACGUGCUCUACUGAAGACUCCAGUCAGCAAUUAUUGAACGAAACAGACCUCUCUACAUGGUCUCAUCAUACAGAUGGGACAAAAAUUGAAGACGCCGUUUUAAAAAAAACCCUAAAAGAAACAGUUUUUUUAGAAAACAAAAUAACAGUUGUGUCUUUUGUAAUGUCGUUUCAUAUUGGUUUGCACUAGCAGCGAUUUGUUCUCAAUACGAAUUCUCUUCUUGUUUAACGUCACAAAAAGUAAUGUAGUGUCGAAAUUGAAUUUAAAACAUUUAAUUCCAAGACGCAUUUCACAAUAAUAUUACUUCAAUGUUCUCU